AUGAAUCCAUACCAAGGUCCGCCACGUUACCUUCACAAUAUUGGAUUUAGCAACACCGCCCCACAAUCAUUUGGGAAUCCUAUGCCAAUGCAAGGUCUACCAACGAUGGGUUAUCCAGCACCCCAACCUGGUUAUCCCAAUCCCAAUACUGGAUCGGGCUAUCCUCAACAAUCUCAAGGCUAUUCUCAACCACAAGGUUAUCCACAAUCCAGUGGUUAUCCUAGCCAAGGCUACUCUCAACCUAACUCUGCUCAAGGUUACCCUUCUGCUCAAGGUUAUCCUGCUCAAGGUUAUCCUUCUGCUCAAGCUUAUCCCACUGCUCAAGGCUACCCCUCUGCUCAAGGCUAUCAAACGGCUCAAUCACAUCCUACAUCUACAUAUCCUCAAGGGUCUAGUUAUCAACAACCAAACCAGUAUCAAGGAUAUCCCCCCUCAGUACAAAGUCACCAGGCUUAUAAUGUGUCAUCAAGCCCUGUCCGUAAUGUACCAAAGUCAAAGCCAACGGUUGUGCCAGUAAACCCCUUCGACCCACGCGAAGAUGCAGCGAUCCUUCGCAAGGCGAUGAAAGGGUUUGGAACAGAUGAGAAGGCAAUCAUUCAAGUAUUGACCCGUCGCAGCAACGAGCAACGUCUACGCAUCGCCUUUGAGUUCAAGACUUUAUAUGGAAAGGAUCUUGUGUCAGACUUGAAAAGCGAGACAAGUGGGAAAUUUGAAGAUCUGCUAGUGGCCCUCAUGACGCCACUACCACAGUUUUACGCUAAAGAACUACACGACGCGACAGCUGGAAUCGGUACUGAUGAAGAUGUCCUCAUCGAGGUUAUGUGUACUAUGUCCAACCAUGAAAUUAAUGUCAUCAAACAAUCGUAUACUGCAAUGUACGGAACACUUCUCGAGGAUGACUUACGCGGCGACACUUCGGGCAACUUUAAGAGACUGAUGACUUCACUUUGCAUGGGUAACAGAGCUGAAGAUUUCCAUGUAGAUCAAGAGAGAGCCAGAGAAGACGCUAGGAGCCUGUUGCAAGCAGGGGAACUCCGUCUAGGUACAGACGAGUCGGUAUUCAACGCGGUGCUCUGUUCGCGUUCCUUCCCACAACUGGCCGCCAUAUUCCAGGAGUACCAGUUCCUGACCGGACACGAUAUAGCUGAUGCCAUCAAAGCAGAGUUCUCUGGUGACCUCGAGAAAGCUUUACGGGCUAUUGUGAAAGUGGUACGCAACAAGCCAUUGUUCUUCGCGGAACGCCUCCAUAAGUCCAUGAAGGGUUUGGGCACCAACGACCGCCAGCUCAUACGCAUCAUGGUGACGCGCUGCGAGCUGGACCUCGGCGACAUCGCCGACAUGUUCCACUCCAAAUAUGGUGAAACUUUGCAGAGCUGGAUAGAGGGCGACUGUUCCGGACACUACAAGAAGUGCUUACUGGGUUUGCUCGGCCUUUAU